CCCAGGUGGUACCUAUAGGUCAAACAUAUGGGAUCCUAUGUAGGAUCCUAUAUAGUAUAUAGGAUCCUAAGUAGGUUCCUAUAUAGGAUUUUUCAGUAGGAUUGUGCAUUUGAAUAUGCAAGACCGCUACUAGAGUGCCUCGGAGAGAAAGGAAUUAAAACUUCCCUGCAGCCUGGAGUUGGUUCAAAAGUUGCUGAAACUCUUGAAAUUCGAAGACAUCGCGUUGCUGCCGUUGUUCUUUUAGACGGACUUAACUUGACGGACAAUGAAAAUAUUCUUCAAGUGGCUUCAACGAAAUUACUUUACAAUUAUUAUAUUUCUUGGUUAAUGGUGACCACCAAUGAAUCAAGCACUGUUAUUGAUUCAGUUGUUCGAGAUUUAAGAAUCGGAAUUGAUAGUGACGUUGUUAUAGCUUCUUCAUUUCUUUCUUCUGACGAGGAGGAUGACCUAUCUCAUAAUUUCUGGAAUAUAACGUGUCCUUCGCUCAGAAGGUAUAAAGCACAUAACCAAUAUGAGAGGACAAUGAAGUCCUGGAAAAACGGUACAGAUGAUAAAACAUCGCCUAAAACAAACAAGGAAUAUGUCACUCUUAAAAAUGAUACAAUGGCUUUUUAUCUUAUUCAUGUCUAUAAGAUACGUGUGAGUGAAAAUUCGAGCAUGCAAGUAAAUCCUCUUGGAGCCUGGAAUCCAGAAACUCGUUUUAUAAAAACUCCCCUUGGUGUCAAGUUGAGGACGAAUUUUCAUGGUUUUCCUAUUAAAGUUGGUAUUCAUAAUGGUACUAAGGAUGUUAAAACGGAUCCAGCGAGUGACGAAGAAAUCAAUAAUAUAGAGCCUCUUAUAGAUUUUAUGCAUGUAAUUGCAAACUCUUCAAAUACUACGAUUGAAGUGACAGCUUACGAGAAAAUUGGAACUGUGACGAAUAAAGCUUGGAGCGAUUUGCUAGGAGAUGUUGUGUCUGGAAAUGUGGAUAUCGGAUUAGGGUAUAUAACUAUCAGUACUGAAAGACAACAAGAAAUGAGCUUUAGCUACCCUCUUGUCAAAUCUAUGAGAAACGUCUACUAUUCUCCUCCUUUUUAUGGUUCAAUGAGAAAUAUCUUUUUGGAACCAUUUAAUUAUCGCCUACUUCUCUGUGUUGCCGGCACUUUUAUUAUGAUCGUAGCUGCUAUGGAAGCUACGACUUAUGUAGUCAAGGCGAUCUUGCACAAUGAGAAUGAGAGAGACGCAGAACUUGGAGAAGCAACACUUUGGUGCUUAAGCAUUAUGUGCAUGCAAGGUUCUCCAUGGACACCAAAAAGUCGCUCAGGAAAAGCUGUCCUAUUAUCUAGUUUAUUUUUUGCUUUAGUCAUCUACAAUGCUUAUUCCGGAUUCAUAACUUCAAUUCUUUCAGUUCAAAAUAAUGGAAUUAAAACACUCGAUGACCUCCUACAAUACAAUUAUUUCAAAUUAGGAUACAGCAUCAACGAGGACGAAUAUAUACGAAGUUCAAAUGAUUCCAAUCUUCGUAAAUUGUACAUAAAGGCAUUUGAUAAUCGUGAAUCCAGAUUAGAAACAGUCGUAGGUCUCAAAAAGGCAAUCAAGGGUAACUAUGGAUUUUUUGUUGGGGCUGCAGAUGCGCGAAAAAUGCUUCAAUCUUCAUUAAUUCGUAACCAGUGUAGUUUGAAAGAACUGCAACUUGAAAAAACAUUUUCAUCAGUGGCUCUUCCGAUGGCUCAUUCUUGUCCAUACAAAAAGAUCAUCAAUUUAAGUAUCUUUCGGAUUCGGGAGCACGGAGUUUUAGACAGGAUCAAGGAAAAGAUGUUGCCAGAGAUGCCAAAGUGUCAGGACACCUCUAAUUUUAACAGUGCCAGUCUUGUAGAUGUUUAUUCUGCAUUUGGGCUUCUUUUAGGUGGAAUGGUUAUAUCCUUAGCACUUUGUCUUUUUGAAAGAAUAUGGACUAACAGAAUAUUUGUGCAAGAUCAUUUUUUUCGAAGUAUUCGUGCUCAUCGAAGAAACAAUUUGGUCACAAGAGCCACAGGUCUGCAAGAAGAGGAACCUCCCGCUCGGACUGAUUGGUCCUUUUUAUUGCCCCAUCCGAAUUUGCGAGAAAUGAGUGCAGUCCAACAAGAGGCAGAUUUGCAUUUUUCAAAAAGAAACAAAUUUAAUAUACAUGACAAGACUUCGAUGUUAAUUCCGUUUCCAAAAUCAAAAAUUGAUCCACGGGGACCCUCGCCGAGGAAAAGAAAGAAAUCGCAGCAUGAAGAUAUACUGAAUACAAAACCUCGUCGCGAUUUAGUCAUUCCUUUUCAAUUGUAAAAGAAUAAGUAUUUCCAUAGUAAAUUUUAUUAAAUUAAUGUAAAGUAGCACUCAUAAAAAUAUUUCAUUUAUUUUGUAAGAUCCUAUCCCCAUUUCAAUUCUGCUAAAAUCUUUACGUGCGUUUUGUAAAUUUCAGAAGGUAUUCCACGUCUAUUGUCUUCUUCUUCGAUACUGUUACAAUCUCGAAA